AUGAAUAUAUCAUCUGAACAGUCUCCUUUCGAUGGCGAGUUUGAUGCUCUUGUAAAAGAGCAAUUGGAAAAAUGGAAAGUCCCCGGCUUGAGUAUCGCGAUUAUUCAUGGCCCAAGUACCUACACUAAGGCAUAUGGAAAGGCAGAACUGCCAAACGAAAGCACAGAUCGACAACCCCGGGAGAUGACAACCGAUGCAUUGUUCUCAACAUGUAGCACUACCAAAGCUUUCACCAGUGCUGCGACAUCCAUAUUAAUCCAGGAUAGUAAGGCCACCGAGUCCCCGAUUGACUGGGACACGCCAGUGGCUUCCCUAAUUCCAGAAGACUUUAUUCUGGAGAACGAGUAUGCGACCAAUAACAUUACACUUGAAGAUGCGCUAUCGCAUCGGUCAGGUAUGCCAGAGCACAACUGGACCCUUGCUCUAUUCUCAAAGCAGGACGCAACGCCGGGCUCCGCAGUCCGCGCGAUGCGCUACAUGCCCCUCGCGACGCCUCCACGCACUAAAUACCACUACAGCAAUUACAUGUACAUAGCUGUGUCUCAAGCGUUGGAGCAGCACACUGGUGAAGCCCUCGGAGCUUUUAUGAAGAAACGCAUCUGGGACCCGCUCGGUAUGAGCGAAACGUUCUUCUCGCCAAGCGAAGCAAAAGUAAAUCCAGCAACAGCCGCAAGGCUUGUACAAGCAUACGACUGGGUUCCUACAAAGGAAGGCGGACAUUUUAUGCCAAAGUCAGAGAAUGACUGGCUAGCAAACAGCGGUGCUGGUGCAAUCGUCAGUAACGUUCUCGACUACUCCCAUUGGGUGCGAGAGUUGAUUGAACGAACCGGGCCAUUAAAAGGACACGACAGCUUAACAGAUCCGCGGACGAUAUAUUUCCAGAACGAUGACUUGAAUUUGCCGGCUCCGUACCAUGCGUAUGCCCUCGGAUGGGUCGUGGAUAACUAUCGCGGCCAGCAUUUGUAUAGCCAUGGCGGUGGCUGGCCUGGAUACGCGAACUGGGUGGGCUUCGUCCCCGAGAAAAAAUUUGGAUUUGUGGUUAUGGGCAAUUCUUUCUCGGCUCGAUAUGCUGCAUUUAGAUUGGUCACUUAUCUUUUGGAUAGGCGGCUUGGUUUAUCGGAUGAUCCUAAAUAUGAGGAGCAGAUUGCUGCUUGUAUUGCGAGACAAACUGAAACAUGGGAGUCGCAUCUUAAAAAUGAAGACAUAACGGACUCGAAGAAACGGUUAUUCUCUUCUUUACCUGAUCCCCCGAUUCCAUGUGCGUUGCAUAUGUCUGGAUAUACUGGAACAUACAGACACCCCACGGGUGCGGCUUUGACUGUCAAGAUAAUCAAUGAUGGACUUAUAGCUGACCUGCAGGAUCGAGUCAUUCCGUGUGAAUUGCGUCUUGUUCAUGCAAGCGGUGAAUUUUUCGUGGGUAGCAUCCAGAGUGGAGGCCUCAGCUUAGUGCUGCCCUUCCCAGUGGAAUUCUACAUUGCUGCUACAGGUCUGGCUCAAAGAGUUGGACUUCUCUUAGAGCCUGCGAUGAAGGGAGAAAAGCUCUGGUUUGAUCGUUGUGGUUCAUAG